CACAGCGUCUCAAGAGGAACCAUCUGCAUCAGACCACAGAGAUAAUGUGUGCAGCUUUUGAAAAACAUUUUGAAGUUAUAGAAUUGUGUUUCUCAGAGAAAUUUCAGAUGGGUACAACACAAGUUGGAUUUUUGCAGUUAAGUGUUGUUAUAUACUAAUUAAUAUACUACAUACAUAUUAAUCCAUGUUAGCCUUCUCCUAAUCAAUACAUUAAACAUUUGAGCUUUUAUAUCUUUAACAUGUUAGAAAAUGGAUGAAGAGUCUCAAAGGGUUCAGGUUACAGGGGGAGAAUAAGUUAAUCAGUUGUUUGUUUUAGUUUUAUUUCAACUGAGGCAGAAGAAGUAAAAACCUCCAUGGAAAAAGUGGGGGCCUUGACUUUACUUCAGUACCAACUAGAACAAAAAACACAGCCUGUGCAGCAUAACACUGGACAUAUGAAGUGAAAUAUGGAUUGCAGAGUUUUAUGUUCAGGACAAAAAUGAAAUAACUUCAUGUUUGAUUCAAGCAGAACAUGAACAAGCUAAGUGUUUCUGUAAAGUUGUGAGCAGCGUGUGAACACAUGAUGAACAGACUCUUUCAUUUUCUUCUGAAACUGUGAGCUGACGCUUUGGUAGACCUGAUAUAAAUACAUAACAUGUUCUAAGUUUUUAAUAAAUUGUGUUAAAUCAAGUAGAUUACAGUGUGGGCGUUUCUGUGGCCUCUCUGUUUCAUGUGUGAUGCUAGCUGUGGUUUUCCUGAGAGCAAGUUCUGUAAAUUGACACUGAAGUACAUCAAAGCUCACAUACUCAGAGACACAAGCUUCUUCUAUCUGAGAAGUCUUAUUCAGCUUCAUCAUGGCUGGACGUCUGCUGUUUGUCAUCCUCAUCUAUUCCUUUCACAAAAUUCAAACACAAGGUCAAAAACCACAGAUGAGUCUUCAACAUUUUCCUGGUGAACUCGUUCUCUUUAUCUGCUCUCUGCCUGGAUCUGCUAAUCAUGAUGCAAGAUGUAACCUGUACUUUGGAGAAAAAAAACAUCCAGUCCAAACAACCAGCUGGAAGAGAAGGGAUUCAAAGAAUCGGCUGUUCUGCCAGUUUACUUUCAGAGCCGAUGACUUUCUAAGACAUUUACAUUUUGUGAAAAGACAUGAUGCCAGCUGUGAUUAUAGUUUGGGAAGUGAAUCCGACUCUUUGUCUCCUCGUAGCGAUGGAUACAGCUUGACUGAUAUUGUGGGAAGAGAAUCAAAGAUGCGCUCCACAAUAUCAGCUCCUAUUAUCCCCACAGAUAUUGAGGAAAAGGAGAAACGCUUGACACAGACUAUGACGACAUCUACUAUGACCACAGGUCUUACUGUUGGAUCAACAAACACUGGUAGUUUCAUUUCUACUUCGAUAACACCAGUGAAUCCAACACAAGAAACAACAUGGACAUGGAAGUUGAUAAUAGUUGUGGCUUCUCUGGGAGGUGUUAUCUUACUGGGACUGGCAUUUCUAUUCACCAAAAGAACAUUUGAAAGAUGUGCUGCGCAGAGGACACAAGCCAAUGUCACUGAUGACCUAAUGUGCAUGAGAAAGAUGGACCAUGGAGGAUUGUUACCUGCAGGUAAUGAGGAAGCCUACAGUACGGUCACCUCAGUACCUGCUGCAGUUUGUCUUACUGGUCCUGAGAAACUGAGCCGGCAAGAGUCUCAAAAUGAGGAUUCUGACAUAUACCAUGUGUACUCCACCAUCUCCGAGGAGCCACCCCCAUCAGCCCUGAAGGACUUGGUGUACAGCACCCGCCAGGCUUAUUAAAUAGAAAGCAAACUUCCUAAAGGACUGUUUUUUGAACCAUGUGCCUUUUUUUUUUCUUUUCACUUUUCUUUCAAUCUUUUAUAGUAUCUUAUGAUCUAGAGGGAAAUCAAUGUAACUAAAAUGUCAUAUCUGUAAAACAAUUAAAAUUGAAACACUCAACCACAGAAUCCCUCUUGCUAAAGGUAAUAAAUAAACAGGUCUUCGAUUUCUUCUCGUCUGUCAGAAAGUGUGAAAGGGGGCAUUAUUUGCAUUAGUCCAUCAUUUUCUUUGACAUUUGGAAGCUUGCAUCAAUCUGGGGAUGCUAAAUACACAAUCAGGAUUAUAUUUAAUAAAGUACAUCAUAGUAUGUAUAUCCCAUAGUGUGUAUGUUUGAGCCGUUUAAAAAAAAAAAAAACGUUUCAGGAAGACCUGCACUCAGUUUACUGUAUUUUAUCUUUAGUUUUAAUGAAGUUGUUUGAAUUCAAUUAAAAGUAAGACAAUGCA